AGUGGGUGGUUGACUGUAUCAGCUGCCUUCUCAGUAUACAAGGCCAGCCCAUGAACCUGGGGUCAGCGGAGGAGGAGCUGAGAUGUCUCCGUGACGAACUAACAACAGCUCCAGACCCUGAGGCUUUGUUUCAGGCAUCUUCCAAAAUGGCCAGGGUGCCAGCUAUCCUGAAUAUAAUAUAUAGCCACGUGCCUACUAUCCAGGAGGGCAGCUUGAGGCAAUUCCUGCUGGAGGCAGUGUCUAUUCUAGCUCACCAUCACCUAGAGGCAGUGCUCUCCAGCCUCCUAAGAAAACGUCUGCCGAUGGACAGGCAACAUGUGCCAUCUCUGAGGUGGUGUCAGCACUGCAGUCAAGCGAAGCUUUCUGAAGUGAUUGGUGAGAGCAUGAAAGCACUGGCCAAAGUCCUGAAGGAGCUGAAAGAGAAGGACAUUGGUUCUUCCUUCAAAAACCUCACCGAACAGAUCCGGGCCUACUUUGACGAUGCCAAAGAAAAUGCAGAACUGCUGGAGAACUUGUAUAGCACCACCAUCGCGUCCUUCAGUAGCAGCUGGGAAGGGAUCCGGGCAGGUGCCGCCAACUUAGCUGGUGAGAGAUGA